UUGUUGGGGCAUCCCAUUUUGAAUCUCCCCGUGCCCGCCUCCGUCCACACCUCCCUUUCCCUCCUUUAUAUUUCUUCCUCUUCCCUCCCUUUUCUCUAGUUUCUACUCUCUCUCUCUCUGUUCUUCAUCCAAAAUCUUCCAAGGACCGACGAUUCUUCCACGAGUAAUGGCUGUCACUUCAAGAGGAAGAACCGAACUUCAGAUUCCAAAGAAAUGGAAGGACAGAGAGACGAGUCCUGAAAGAACAAAGAUUUGGACAGAGCCAAGGCCUAAGACGGAGAGGAAAGUUCCUGUUGUUUACUAUCUCUCUAGGAAUGGCCAUCUCGAGCAUCCUCACUUCAUGGAGGUUCCUCUGUCUUCAAGCGAAGGAUUGUAUCUCAGAGAUGUCAUAAACCGGUUGAACGUACUACGGGGGAAAGGCAUGCCGUCCAUGUACUCCUGGUCUUCCAAACGGAGCUAUAAAAACGGAUUUGUCUGGCACGAUUUGUCUGAGAACGACUUCAUCUACCCUGCACACGGCCAGGAAUAUGUUCUCAAGGGUUCAGAGCUUCUUGAAUCUUCUUCGAGCUUCAGAUCUCCGGGAUCUUCAGAAACAGUGUCCCCAACCUCCGAAAAGCCACCGGAAGUAAAUAAGCCGACCGUCGAAUGCGACUUCCCGGUAGUCGUCCGGAGGAGAAAUCAGUCAUGGAGUUCCAUCGACCUACACGAAUACAAAGUCUACAAGACCGAAUCGACCGGCGAGUGCGCCGGCAAGGCCGCCGACGCGUCGACGCAGACCGACGACAAGAGAAGACGAAGAAGAAUAAUCAGAGAAGAGGAGGUGCAAGAGAAGGCUCCCCCAAUUGAGGAGGAACAAUACGAAGAUCAAAGUACGGAGUUGAGCAGGGAAGAGAUUUCCCCUCCACCAUCGUCCUCUAGUCCAGAAACGUUAGAAUCUCUGAUCAAGGCUGACGGACAUCUCAUUAGCCGUUCCGGUGGUGUUGAAGGAGCAGAUAUUCGAGAUCAGACGGCUAAUAUUAGUUCAAGCGGAAGGAUGAAGGCCUCUGCGGUUCUGAUGCAAUUAAUUUCGUGCGGCACAAUCUCCAUCAAGGAUUGCAGCACCAUGCCUUCAUCCGGGAAGGAUCAAGGGUUUUCGUUGAUUUCGCACUACCGAGCGAGGAUACCCCGCGGAGCAUCGAAUCAAGUAACCAAAGAGGUAGAGUGUUUGAUGGAAAACCCUAGUUAUGGAGGGGUACGGUUAGAGGAUAAAGAGUACUUCAGUGGAAGCUUGGUCGAGACGAAGAAAGACGAGUUUCCAGCCUUAAAGAGAUCGUCUUCUUACAAUGCAGAUCGAAGCUCCAAGUUAGACCUAGCCGACAAGGAAAUUGAGGGAGUCAGAGCAAAAUGCAUACCGAGGAAGCCAAAGACACCAGGGAAAAAAGAAAGCAACGACGUCUCACGUAGCAGCAUUCACGGGAGCAAAAGACAUGGCGACGAACCCGUCAUCAAUCAAAUAGAUUAAACAAACGUACGAAAAGUAGGCGUCUGUGUAUUUUGUAACUAAAAACGAUGUGAAAAAAAAAAGGAAAAUAGGAGAAAAACAAACAGAAGCAAAGUGAAGAAUGGAGGUGGAUGGAAAAUGCGAGAGGAAAGAUUAGAGAUUUCUCCACCUGGAUUGCAAGACACGGCACGCAGUGGUGUAAACGAGACAAGCAUAAGAGAAGAAGAGGAGGGGGGGGUUGGAACCGUACUUAAAAAGCCUUCACUUUUUUCCCUUGUUUAAGGUUACGGAUUGUCUCUUUCGCUUGGAACUUGGAGUUACUGGGAGUUUAUUUCUUGGUUUGAGAUGAUUAUCCCAAUCUCCAAUUCACUCUCACUAUAUUUAUUUUAUUUUAAUUCACUAGUGAUUUUGAUUCA